UUGUCAAUCGCAAAAAAAUGGUUCAACUUGAAGUAGUUUUUUUUCAAUAUAAUUUAAAUAUAAAUAUUUACUAUUAAAUGUAAUGUUUUAGAUUGUAUUUAAUCUAGUUGUGAACUUAAAACUAAAAAAUGACGAAUCCUUUCUUUCUCUGCUUUUCCUUAUUUUUAUCUACCCAAAUAUUCUGUGUUACCGGUGAUGUAUAUAAAGAAGAAAUAUUAAUUAAACCCUUACUUCCUAUUCAUUUAUAUGUUAAUUUCCAAUUCAUCACACAAGUAACUGGUGGCGCUUCUGAGCAUUCUCAUUUAGCCCCACGUUCACUACGAGAAAUUAUGUCUCAUUAUCAAGUUGAAGAGUUACAUUUAACUUUAACUGAAGGUCAAUGGAGACAUAAACAGUGGGGAUAUCCAGUCCUGGAUGCGGCACCUGGUGCAGAACUAUAUGCAUGGUUUUCUCCAAAUGUUUCAAAUAUAGAUGAUCAAUGGAAGAAAUUGAGUUCUACUCUUUCUGGUCUUUUUUGUGCUUCACUAAAUUUUAUAGACAACCACAAUACAAUAUCACCACAAAUGGCUUUGUGGCCUCUAGGAGCCAUGCAUACAAAUAUUAAUAGUACAGCAUAUUUGAGAUAUGCUUCACUACCCAGAGAAAUAGUAUGCACUGAAAACUUAACUCCUUGGAAAAAAUUACUCCCAUGUGAAUCUAGUCAUGGAUUUGCAGCACUUUUAAAUUCAAGGCUAAUUCAUAAUACAAAUUAUCAUUCUAUAGGAAUCCAUGUGAGAAAAACAUGCCAGAAUGAGGAUUGUACUGAACAUAAUUUGGAGAUAAAACAAACUGUUUCUCUUGUGUAUGACUUCAAAAUAAUUAAUAAUGCAAAUUGGUCUUUCAAAUCACUAUUUGGACAAGGGCUAUUCGGGGCAUGCCCCAUGUCCACAUCAAGCAAAAUCUAUGUUGAUAUAACAUCAAAUGGAACAGAACCAUUUAAAUUAACACCCGCACCAAAUAGUAUAGUUCAGUCAAGCAGAGGUGGAAGUGAAACCAUAUUUGCAAUAUAUGAAAUAAAACAUGACACACCGAUGAUAAACAUAGGGGCAAAAUAUGGAAUACACACUAAAUUUUUAGUACCAGUUCCACCACCUCUACAUUUUAAUAGAUAUGUCCUGGGAUAUGGAAAGGAAUUUGGUGGGAUAGUAACUGAAAUUGUAAAUAACUAUUGGGCACCCAUAGAUAUUGUUUUAUUAGAGAAUGCCCCGUGGUGGCUGCCAAUACAAUUGAGCACACUUAGAGUUAAUGGAGAGGCUGAAAGUAAUGUAGUAAUGAAACAGUAUUAUUCUCCAGGCAGAAGUAGACAGAGGCCAUACCACUUGGAAUUAUUGCUAAGGUUGCCACCCAAAUCUACAACAACAGUGACAAUUGAUUUUGAAUUUGUAUUCUUAAAAUGGCAAGAAUAUCCACCAGAUGCCAAUCACGGUUUUUACAUAGGCUCUGCAAUCAUUACAGCAAAUUUACCAACGGCAAAAAAUUAUACUAGUCUUCCUAUAGAUGGUGUGACUUUUGAUUCAGUUUUUAAUGCUUCCAAACCAUGGUACUCUGCAGUAUUCAGAACCAAUGGAGCAAUGGUCUCAUUACCUACACCUGAUUUUAGUAUGCCAUAUAAUGUUAUUUGUCUUGCAUGUACUGUUGUUGCAUUGGCCUUUGGCCCUCUUCACAACAUAUGCACCAAAGAAUUAGUAUUAAAACCAACAGGAUCACCUCUAUCGUUACGCCAAAAAAUUAUUAAUUUUUUUAAGAAAAAGAAGGAUUAGUAAUAAAUUGAUAUAAAUAUA